AUGAGCGCGAGCGGCCCGGCAGCUCCCGGGGACGGCCCCGCGCUGCCGCCGCCGCCGCCGCCCGCGCCAGGCCCAGGGCCCGCACCGCCCGCGCCCGCCGCCGCCCGGGACGCCAUGGACGGGCGCGCGGAACUGCCUGCCUUCCCGCGAGCCGGAGCCCCGCCGCUAGCCGCCAGCGACACGGUGCCCGCGGCGCCCGAGGGGGCUGGCGCGGCCCGGCCCGGCCCGCCGCCGCGCCCCACCUCCUUCUCGGUGCUGGACAUACUGGACCCCAACAAGUUCAACAGCAGAAGACGCCGCUGUGUGCUGCUGGGCCCCGUGGCGCCCGCUGCCUGCGCCCCGUGCGUCCCGGCCCCCGCCGCCCCGGGACGCCCGCCGCGCUCGGAGGAGCUGGAGCGCCGCGCCCUCGUCGCCGCCGGAGCUGGAGCUGGGACCGGAGCUGAGCCGCCGCACGCCGGCGACCCCUGCAAGGCGGACGAGGCGGAGGCCAACGGCUACAGCAGUGGUGGCGGCCGCAGCCCGAGCGCGGACAGCGGUGACGAGGCGCCCGACGACGACGACGACGAGGACGAGGCGGCCCGCGGCGCGGAGGCGCGGGGAGGCGGCAGCGGCGGCGGCCUCGGGGCCCGCGGGUCGGGCUGCCAGGGAGAAGCCGAGGCACCCUCAGGCGCCGUCGACGAGGCCGCGGCCCCGGGUCCCCGCGGGACCUCGCCCGGAGCCCCGGGCCCGCAGGGAGCCGCGGCGGCGGCGGCGCCUGGGGGCGCAGGGACGGCCUCGCAGGGUGCGGCGGCGGCGGCCGCGAAGCCCAAGCGGAAGCGCACGGGCUCCGACUCAAAGUCCGGGAAGCCGCGGCGCGCGCGCACCGCCUUCACCUACGAGCAGCUCGUGGCGCUGGAGAACAAGUUCAAGGCGACGCGCUACCUGUCGGUGUGCGAGCGUCUCAACCUGGCGCUGUCGCUGAGCCUCACCGAGACGCAGGUGAAGAUCUGGUUCCAGAACCGCCGUACCAAGUGGAAGAAGCAGAACCCGGGCGCCGACACCAGCGCGCCGACCGGCGGCGGCGGGGGCGCGGGCUCGGGCGCGGGGCCAGGCGCAGGGCUGCCCGGCGGCCUCAGCCCGCUCAGCCCGUCGCCGCCCAUGGGCGCGCCGCUCGCAAUGCACGGCCCGGCGGGGUACCCGGCGCACGGCCCCGGCGGCCUGGUGUGCGCCGCGCAGCUGCCCUUCCUGUCGAGCCCGGCGGUGCUUUCGCCCUUCGUGCUGGGCUCGCAGACCUACGGCGCGCCAGCCUUCUACGCGCCGCACCUCUGAGCGCGGCCGCGGGACCGGCCGGGCGGCCCGAGGACUCGAGGGCGCCCGCGGGCUGGCUCUUUGGCAAGGCCGCGGUCGCUGACUCUGUAUAUAGCCGGUUGCUACAGAAGAGUUUUAAAUUUAUAAACGACUGUCCGCGUGCGUUGGGGCCAAGCUCGGUCCGCUCGGAAGCACUUUGCCGAA